AUGACCUAUGAUGUCAAAUUCUUCGAUACACAUCCAAUUGGUGCUCUUCUUACUGUUCUUGGUGAAGAUACUUCAGUUAUUCAAGAAUGUUUCGGAACAACGAAGUGUUUACAAGUCCAAUUGUUCGGCCAGUUCUUUAUUGGCCUUAUUUGGGUUUUGGCCCUUUCCUGGAGAUUAGGUUUGAUUAUGUUGGCUCUUGUUCCUGUUGUCAUCAUUAUCAUGCUUGUCUUCCAUCCAUUCAUCCACAAGAACGCCAUCAUGCGUUUCAAGAACUUCUCAAACGCUAUUACAAUCGCAGAAGAAACAAUUGCGGCCAUUAGAACAAUCCGUGGCUUCAACCGUGAAGAAGAGGACACAAGACGUUUCGUUGAGAAGAAUGAAGAAGCUGCUCACUUCGAACGUAACAUUGUUUAUCUUAUUGGUACAAUGUUCUUUGUUGUUUUCAUUCUCGUUUGGGCUGUUGUUCUUGGCAACCUUUACUACGCAUCCAAACUCGUUGGAACAAAGGAAAACGGCAGAAACUUCGAUCCAGGUAUGAUGUUCUCUGUUUUUGGUAUGACAAUGAUGGGUUGCAUGGGUCUUGUCUUCUUCGAGAACUCAAUCCAAGCAGAACAACGUGCUGUCACCGCUGCAAAUCGUGUUGUCCAGUUAUUAGACUACCAAUCCGACAUCAAUUUCGAUGGUGGAGAGAAAUACGAUGAUUUCAAGGGCCACAUCAAGUUCCAGAAUGUUUCAUUCUGCUAUCCAACACGUAAAGUCAUGGCAUUGAACAAUGUCACCUUUGAAAUCAAGCCAAAAGAACAAAUUGCGUUAGUUGGCCACUCAGGAUCCGGUAAAUCCACAUAUGUACAACUUAUUGAGCGUUACUACGAUGUUACAGAGGGAAUCAUUACAAUUGAUGGCCACAACAUCAAAGAUCUCGAUCCAAGAUGGUUACACAGGAAGAUUGCCUUGGUUUCACAAGAGCCAACAUUGUUCCAAGCUUCAGUUAAAGAGAAUGUCUGCUAUGGAGUUACAGAUCCAAAGACAGAUGAUGAAGUUUGGGACGCAUUGGAAAUAGCAAAUGCAAAGAAGUUUGUUACAAAGUUUGAUAACAAACUGGGUCAAAUGGUUGGAGAUAGAGGAAGUACAGUUUCUGGUGGACAGAAGCAGAGAAUUGCCAUUGCAAGAGCUGUCAUUAAAGAUCCAACAAUUUUAGUUUGCGAUGAAGCAACAUCAGCCUUGGAUGCAGAAUCAGAAAAGAAAGUUCAAGCAGCUCUUGAUAAGAUCCUUGAAACAAGAACAGGUGUUAUUGUUGCUCACAGAUUGUCAACAAUUAGAAAUGCUACAAGAAUUUACGUUUUUGAUGCAGGACAAAUUGUUGAAGAAGGAAGACACGAUGACUUGGUUCAGAAGAAGGGACACUACUGGAAUUUGGUAAAGAGACAGUUGAAGAAGAGCGAAGAUGAAGAAAAUAAGAAUAAGAUCGAAUUACCAAAGGUUGACAAUGAAGAAAUAAAGGAUGAAAAACCUAAAGUUGAAGAGAAACCAAAAGUUGAAGAAAAACCUGAGGAACCAAAGAAAGAAGAAGAAAAGAAGAAAGAUAAGAAGAAGAAAGAAGAAGAAAGAAGAAAAGGAAGAAGAGUUAGAGGAAUUAUCUGGUUCUUAUUCUUAUUCAUAUUCUAA